AUGACUCUUAACGGAAGCUGCAUGUGCGGUGCCAUCGCGUAUACCUCAAGCUUUCCCUGUGACCAAAUGCCCCUGUGGAAGGCGACGAAGACUGAGACCACCAUGGAAAAGUGGACCGGCAGUGCAUUCACCUCCAAUGUUAUUGUUCCAAGAGACUCGUUCAAGCUAAGCCAGCCAGGAACUCCGCGAUCAUAUGAUGCCACGGGUGACAGUGGUAAGGUCAACAAACACUUUUUCUGUGGUGAUUGCGGAUCGAGCCUGUACUCGGAGCUGGAGAUCAUGAGCGACAAGACGGGAAUCAAGGCCGGCACGCUCGACGGUGGAGAGGCACACCUGCACAACAAGGUCGACGUCGAGUUCUAUGUCAAAGACCGUGUGCAUUACCUGAAUGCUCUUGACAAUGCGAGGCAGGAACCUCGUCUUGGGUAG